AUGGAAAUCAUAUCAAAUGUCCAAUCAAUUUUAAUAUUGGAAAUUGAUUUUUUCAAAAAUACUGUAAAAUACAACAACAACAAACCAAAUGGUUCAACUGAAAUUAUUUCAAUCAAACAAUUUUGUCAGUCAUAUAAAAUCAAUCAAGAUAUUUUAAAAAAAAGAAUUACCUCUUUUAAUUGUACAAUAUUGGACUUUUCAAUCAAAAACUAUCGUCUCUCUGGAAAAUAUAUUGAAAAAACCAGUCUUUUCCAAGGAAUCAUAAUUGAUAAUAGUCAAGAAAAACUAAAACUUAAAAGAUUAAAAAAUACAUUAUCAAUUGAUCCAUUGACAGGUCUACAAAAUAGAUAUCAACUUUAUAAAAAGAUUCAAAAGUUUUGCUCCAUAUCAAAUACUGACCAUUGUGCCAUUUAUUUUAUCGACCUUGACCAUUUUAAACAAAUCAAUGAUAUUCAUGGACAUGACAAUGGAGAUGUUGUCCUCAGAUCUGUAGCCAAUCGUUUCCAAAAAUAUGCAGACGAAUCAGUCCUACCAGUACGACUAUCAGGUGAUGAAUUUCUAAUUGUCAAACGUGACAUUGAAUCAACUGAACAAGCCAACCAAUUUAUAAACCAAUAUUUAUCAAAUGUACAAAGUGAAAAUAUCAAUCUAGUCAAUUGCAAAACCAAUAUAAAAGUUUCUCUUUCCUUUGGUGGUGUAGUAUUUACCAAAUCUCAAUCAACCAUGGUCGACAAGUUGAUUAAAAAAUCAGACCAAUUAAUGUACCAAAUGAAAAAGAAUAAUCAUAAUAAUAGUUGUAUAAUUGAUUUUGUAGAAUAA